CUGUCAAAACGCGCGAAGUUUUGUUUGUCUGCGCAUGAUAUUUUCAUGUUAUCACUCGAAAAGUGUUUUACCGGAUUUUCCAGUUUCCCAAACGUUUUUCGCAAUUUACAGUAAAGCGACGAUAGAUCAUGGCUUCUAUUGACCUGGAGGACCCCGAUUUGUUGUUGGCUCGUCAGCUUCAAGAGCAAUUCGAUCGUGAAGCAGUGGAAAUCAGCUCCGGCGAAGAAGAAGAGCAACCGAUCAACAUUUCCGACGACUACCAGUUAGCCGUUGAGCUCCAGCAGCGUUACAACGACGAGGCGGUCGAACUUUCGGACGAGGACGACGAUGUCUUGUUAUCGGUGGAAUUACCGGCCACAUCCGAAAACGUUCCUACCCGGACGCCGAAGCGUAGGUCUUCCUCCGUAGUGCAGCAAGAACCGGAUUACGAAGCCCUUGCCGCACCGGAAAUGAAGCUGUUUCGAGCAGAGCGAGUCGAUUUGAACGCCGCCGAAUACUUCAUCGAAGAAUUGCAGACCUACGUUGAUCCGGAAAAUAACUUCGAGUGGAAGUUCGUCGAGGUCAUGCCGGAUCUGAAGGCAAUCUUUUUGCGGUUGGAUGAGCUGAUUUUCCAAUCGCGUUUUAAGCCGAAACACUUUAAUGUCAUCUGGAGUCAAGCCAUUGGACGGGAAUGUACGAAUCGGAACUUUAACGAUGUCAACGGACGAUACACAAUCGCUCUGAAUGAGACACUGCUCGUGCUUAGGCCGAGAAUCGAGAUCAUCAGUGUUCUGCUGCAUGAGAUGAUUCACGCUUAUCUGAAAUUGGAAGGUGUCAAGGAAACCAACAAUGGACAUGGAGCAAACUUCCGUAAAAUAAUGGUUUUCUUGAAUCGAAUGCUGCAGACAACCAUUUCGUUCAGCCAUCGAUUGACGAACACGAGCACCCUCUGUCGAACGCAAUGGUACCGUUGUACCGGAAUCUGCCACAAUUACAAACCAUUCAACGGGUUGGUUCGUUCCGUCGAGGGAGACCCUGGUCUGCAAAACGAAUGGUGGAAAGCCCAUGCCGAGAACUGUGGUGGAACGUUCUACAAACUGUACGAGAUGAGCCGAAUCGUUGACGGUGAGGUAUCAACUCGCUUCGCGGUCAACGUGAAGUACAUGAAACCGAAGCGGGAGAACAUUCGUGGGCGAUUGAAGACACGUCUACCGCCAAAGGAAUCCAUUGACUUGACCAGUGAACAACCGAGAGUAAUUCCCACACUGACGGAAACAAUUUCGAUUGAUGAUGAAGGAUCCAGUACAGAAGCCACCGCAGCUGCAGACAAGUUCAUCCAAAACUUCAACUGUUCAGUGGCGUUGACUCGAGACACCUACGAUAUGCAGUGCCCGAUCUGCCAGGAAAAAAUCAAGAGAAAGCUGUUUGGCGACCACAUCGACGGAUGUAAAGGCGUGGUUCAACAGCUGAACUGGAAGCGACCUGGCGCCAAGAUUGUCCAAAAUGGUACGGUAGAGCAUCGCGUAGGUCUGCACGUACCCUAUCGUCCACCAGCAACUAAUACUGUCGGUAGAGCGGGUAGUAGCGAUGGACGACCCCUUGGCUCUUCUUCUACCAUUGGUGACUAUCAACGGAUCAAGAGACAGCGAUUUUUAUAAAUCGCGAUGGGUGAUCUGAUUUGUUAUAUUUGUACUGAUUCCUUGGAUCUUGAUGUAUUCUCUCUGAAACUUUGUUAUAAUUUUUACUCAUUCCAUUCGAAUAAAUUUGUGCGCUUCCUGCAUUAUGAUUGAUAACUAGGUUUUGAAACUAUGACCAGAGUAGAGAGGUAUCUGAAGAGGUUUUUGAAGAAAAUCAUAAAAAAAAUGCAUACAAUAAAAUAAGCGAUAAAUCUUUUUGUAAUGUCACGACGGAUUCCUCAAAACUGUUAAAAAUAUCAAUAGAAAAAUGUCUGGUUUAAUUUUUGAAAUAUCUCCUACAAACUUGCAUCUUCUAUUUCUUGUUUGAAACAAAAAGAAGUUUUCUUAGUUCCUGUUUGGCCUCCUUUUAGUAUUCGUUGGUCUCUUUUUGGGUAUCUGUCUGGUUUCUUUUUUCAGGCAUUGGAUCUCUAGAGUUCCUAUUUUUGUUACCAGAAAGAGCAGAGCGGAUAUGUUCUUCAUAGUGUGUCCAAGAUACGAAUGCGAAACUAUUUUUCCAAAAUAAAUUUUUUAUCCUACAUUGGUCGUUUUUCAAUCUACGUUAUCUUAAAUCAAGGAUUAUAAGUAAAAAAUGUUAUAAAGUGAGAUAAUCUAUAGAUUAUAAUAUCGAAGAAUCCCUGUGAAAUAAUUCAAAAACUACUUCAAAGCCAACCUAUCGCAUUUUUGUUUUGUGUCAUUGUAUACUUUUAGUGAAAAUAAGAGAAAACUAUUAUUAAGACGAGAUGGAUCAACCCCUGGCCAAGGUAUUUAAAAGGGAGGUAGAUCAAUGUGUCAAAUAGGGCAUUCCGCCAUAUUGGAAAACAAUCAGACAGCUGGCUGGUUUGUUAUGCUUCACCAGGCCAGCAAGCCUUGAGAUCCUAGCAACAUGUUUCCCCUUAAACCACUUCGCUUUGUUUCCUGUCAUUCAACCGCAGUUUGAGAAUUCUGUUUUUGAAUUAUUCAGUGCUGAUCAUACAUUUUCAUUACAAGAAGCUGACUCGAUGGUGAUGCAAUUAAAGACCUUAAUAUGUAAUGUAAUUAUUUCUCUCAGUAACAUGAUGUGAAAACAGUUGUGGUACAAUAGUACACCUAUGUCCAUUGCAGUAACUAUAAUCGCCGGUUGUACUGCCCAUACUCUAAAAACAGUCCCAUAUUCUAUGAGAUUUCCUAUAUCAAUGGAACUGUUGUGCGAGUAUGGGCAGUGUAUGUACGGUUACAUACUAUAAAAAUAUUUAAACCUCAUGAUACAUUUUUGCACAUUACACUCUGAAAAAAAUCUAAACUAAAUAGUUUAGAAGUCAUACUAAAUCACUACUCUCCUGGUUGACCCCAGACCUGGAUUUAGCGCCAACAAAACGGGCUUAGUAUAACUUCGAUGAAAUCGGCCUGAAGAUUAGGUUGCUUUCAUCACUGUCUAGAUUAAGUUAGCCCGUGCUCUAAAAUGGUGUUUCAUUUUCAUUUCGUUUUAAAACAACUUAAACGAUUCUGAAUUCAUACAAAAACUACUUUAUUUAUUAAUAAUUUCGCUUUAAUUCUUGUAACACUAGGUAAAACAUCAAUCAUGAUAACUUAACUGCUACUGAAUCCAUUGUUACAACUCUAAAUUUGCAGAAACUUCGUUGAAUCCGGGAAAUCUUCCACGUCCUACAUCCGAUGGCCUGCACCAGUAGACAGUGAUCCUCUGGUGAAUAUUGCUGAUGCCGAUCUUACCCAGCAUUCACAAGGUCGCACGACUUCCGGGUAAACCGUUAAAAAAAUGUUCUCCGCAUAAAGGUCCUCCUGCGCUGGUCACCACGUACCGUGCCAAUAGGGUUGAUGUUAUUCUUUUCUCACAACGCUGGAAUUCCCGGAAUGCAACCCAGUAGGAAUUUGGCGUGCACACCACUCCCAUUUGCUUGACCAGAUGUUGAUGUAGACUGAGCACAAUUAGUUGUUUUCCUGCUGGCCGGAAGUCCUGCAUCUCGGUGCCUGCACCGUGUUGAUACCCACGAUCAUAUGACCCAUAUGGCCGCGGAUACAAUGCGAGCGAACGGAGGCAGCUUCCGUGGUUCCUGUAGUUGGGUCACUGUUGGGUUUUUCACUUGUGUUCAUCGGAAAUUAUCAUUCGUUCCCAAGUGUAGCAUUUUGUGCUGGAUUUCAUGAUGAUUUUGAACUUAUCUCGCUUGCCAUUUCCGGAUCCAGCGCCGUUGACGAUUCCGAAUCGAAGUCAGCCAGCUUGUCCCGUUCAUCCUGUAGAAAAAUUGGAUGGUCCAGGGUUGGUAGCGACUGAGCGUGUUAAAAAUAGGAACUUUAGAGAACUCAUUAUUACUCGGAAUCUGUCUUUGGUAGAGCACACAUUUUCAAUUUGUUUUUGAAAACAUAAUAAAAUAAUCAUUGUGCCAUGGAAACGAGAUCAAUCAGCGGAGGGGAAAGGAAGUAGCCAGCCAGCCAACUCGCCAGCCAGCCAACUCGCCAGCUGUUAUUUUCUACCCCCUCGCUGCUUACACUGAACGAAACUUCCCGCCUCAAAAUGAAUGAUUCCUAAUUCACUUGGCUAUAAAUCCUCAUAUUCCACGAAUUGAAUGAAAUUUAUGGUUUGUCAAAUCAUCCUUGUGAAUCGUAAACAAAUAUGGUGGAGGCAACGUGGUGUGGUUCAAUUUUCUCCGUAAAUAAAAUAGAACAAGUGUAUCGCUGAUGCUCAGAUUUCGGGUUGGAUCAUGGAGUUAAGUUAAGAGCUACAACAUGUUUUCUUCAGAGUGACCCCUGUUCCUGCAGCCGAUUUUGUAGAAUGUUCUUGAUGCAAUAUCGAUGUAAUAAACGAAAUUAUUUGUUAUAGAA